AUGCUCAACGUGGUUGGUUGCGUGGAUGGUUCUUUUCUUUGGAAGACAUUGAUAUUAAUUGCUUCAGUGGAAAACCAAAAAAGGGAUAAGAUCAAAGUGUAUAACAAAUGUGCUGGCCCUUACAGAAAUAGUUUUUUCAAAACUUCCCUGUGGGAGCAAUACUUUGUUGUUGUGACUUGUGAUGAUGGGCGUCUUCAGAAUUUGCAGUAG